GCUGCGCGGGCAGCCAGUCCGUUCAGCUAGUUCACACGAGAAUUUCCAUCCCAACGUUGUGUUGUGCUUGUUUGGUUGGGUUCAUACUUGCGUUUGCUAGUUUUGACCGAAAGAGUUUGCCUCCGUUUGGAACCAACUGGUUGGCGGGCGAAUCCUGCCAUUGGAAGUGCUUUGGACUAGCUUUCCCGUCGUGAAGUAAUCGCUGGGCCUUUUGACACGAUGGCCGGCACUCUGACCAAAUCCAAGUCUGAAAUGACGCCGGAGGAGCUGGAGCGGAAGGAGGAGGAGGAGUUCAAUACGGGCCCGUUGUCGGUGUUGACGCAAUCCGUGCGGAACAACACGCAAGUGCUGAUCAAUUGCCGGAAUAACAAGAAGCUAUUGGGCCGGGUCAAGGCCUUCGAUCGACAUUGCAACAUGGUUCUCGAGAACGUCAAGGAAAUGUGGACGGAACUGCCCAAAACGGGCAAAGGCAAGAAAAAAGCCAAGCCCGUGAACCGAGAUCGCUUCAUUCCCAAGAUGUUCCUCCGCGGUGACUCUGUCAUACUUGUACUAAGGAAUCCUCUCUCACAAUCCCAGGAUCCAUAAUUUUUGCUCUACUGGUGUUUUGGCGUGUAAUUACAUGUUAUCGGCUUUUUAACCGAUAUACUCAAUGGUAUUCUCAAUAAAAUUAUAAUUUCCAAAAAGCCAAAACAA